CGCUGCCCGCCUUUCGGGCCAUAUCGAUCUAUCGAUAGGCCGCCGUGGCAAGAACUCAACUCUAAUUUUUAUGUAAUGUCACUUUGUUGUGUUUGUUACAAGCAAGAAAAAAGUCGUGCUAGAAACCAAAGAACCAAGAACCCAAUCCGACCCUACGAUCCGUGCGCUGUGAUGUGAUAUCCAACCGCGAGGAACUAUGAAUUGUCACCAGAUACUGAGCGGCGCCUGCAAUGCGGGCGACCGGUGCUUCGCCAUUGGCUCCGUGGAAGGCAUACCAUUUACAGCCUACGCCGCCGGCUGCAAUGUGGUCAUCCUAGCAAGCACAUUCGAGCGCGUCCAGAUCAUACCGGGCGCCAAUCAUGGCUACGUCAAGAUAUCCGCCUUGGACUGCAGCACCGAUACCGGGAAAAUAGCGGCUGCUUACGAAAACAAAAUAUGCAUUUUCGAGCCCACACCGGUGAUAGAGUCCAGCAAGCACAACACUCACUUCCUGGACUACAGAUGGGUGCAAACGGGCUCCUUUACGAGCCACUCGAGCGUGGUGACCCUGUCCUGGAACCUGGAGGGCACCCGCCUGCUGACCGGCGGCACAAACAUCCAGCUGUGGAAAAGCAAAUCGCCCACACACCAACAGGAGGAGGAGCAUACGGGCGUCAAGUUCGAGAUUGGCGAGAGCAAGGAGCCAAAGCAAACGAACAACGCCCAGGCGGAUGAUGUGUCUACGUGGGAGAACAUCUGGAGCUGCCAGACGGCCAUACCCAUUUAUCACAUGGCAUUUAGUCCGGAUGGCACGCUGUUUGCCACCUGCGGCCGGAACGAUAGGCUUGUGAAGAUCUGGUACGAGAACAAGCAGGUUCUAUUCCCCGCUAAGGGCUCCGGCGCUGCCGCCAGUGCUUCUUCGUCAUCUGGCCGCCAUGCUGGCUCCGAUGAUAUCACCGGCUCGGGCUCUGGCGGGGAACUGAACUUCACCUACGUCUACAUCGCCCAUCCGCGCGCGGUAUCCAACAUUGUGUGGCGCAAGACCAGCAAGUAUAUGCCCAAGGGAUCGGUGGCCAAUAUGCUGGUGACCUCCUGUCUGGACAACAUCUGCCGCAUCUGGAUCGAGACAGUGCUGCCCGACGACGGAAUGGUGAAUAUGACCCAGUUUGAUCCCCUGGCCUCGCAAAACCCCAAGUUCCGGACGCAUCGGCACAAGCAUCGCUUCAUGCAGAGGCUGAAGCACAUGAAGACCUGUUUCCAUAUUCGCCGACACAUGAAGGCCGGCGCCAAUGCCAGCGGCGGAGCUGUUGGCGGGACUGGAGGUGCGGCUAGUGGAAGCGCCGGAGGCCCGGCUGGAGCAAUGGGUGCCAUGGGCAGCUCACCAGCCAGUUAUAGCAAUUAUCUGGGACCGAUACCGUCGCUGCCAUCAUCGUGCAGCGUCCACGACUUCCAUUCGUACGGUUUCCAAGGAUCGGGCGUGACGCCCGGGAUGCAUUUCCACCUGGCGGCAUCAAUUAACGCGGAAACGGAUAUUCCGCUGGUGCCGUCGAUGCAGACGAGCGAUCCGGCCAACCAGAAUGUCUUCAUCCUGCACUGGCUGAACAACAAGGAGAUGCAUUUCACGCUGCAGGCAGAGGCCAUCCUCCAGGAGCUCACUAAGAAAGUGAUUGACGAGGAGAAUGGCCACGGCAAUGCCUCCAGCGGCGGUGGUGGCGGUGUGGAUCUGCCGGACGACGCCCAUGGCUCGCACUCGCAAGCGCAGGCGCACAAAAAGUACCUACGCUCCUCCAAAUCCGUGUCAGUGGACGAUAGCGGCGAGGAAUACAGUCGCUACUCGCAGCACACCGCCGGCACGGGCAUGGGCGGCGUCGGAGGACCUGGCGGACUCCACCUGAACUCCAUGUCCAACACAACGUCGCAGAACUCGUUGAACAACGAGCCGGCACACCCCAUCACACAGCUGGUGGACUCCCUGGACAAUAAGAUCGAGUGCCUGCUACGGGACUGGCACCAGAGCCCUGACCUGCUCUUCGCCAUCCACCCGGUGGACGGAAGCUACCUGAUCUGGGUAAUCGAGUGGCUGGAUGACUACUAUCCGGGCUCAUUCCGGCAGGCGCAGGUUUCAUUCUCCACGCGCAUACCCUCGGCCUUUCCGCUGGGUGACGCCAUGUCCAUGUCGACCACGGUCAGCCUGUUUAACACGGGCACGCAUCCGCUGGCCUUCCGCGACAUCGCAAACAAUGUGCGCAGCAAGGAUGAGUUCCACAAGGGCAACGCGGAUGAUUCCUCGCUAAAAAGUGACCAGCACUCGGGCCAAACCUUCGAGCGUCACGACGAGGAGCAGGAGGAUGCCGGCGAGGAUGGCGACGAGGGAGCCGACAGGGACGGUGAUGCUGGCGCUGACCAGGAUCAGGAUCCCAGUGCAGCGGCCAGUGGUGCAGCCGAGCACAGCAGCACCUCACAGGACUCGGCCGCCGCCGGGGCCAGCGCCCUACCGCUGAACGUGUCGCCAUCGGUGUCCAUGGUGACGAAGCACUCGAACGGCACCCUCAACCUGUGGCAGCUGACGUUCGCCUUUAAGACAAAGUUCACACAAGUAUUAAGCAUCGGCCACGUCAGCCGUGCCUCGGGCCAUCGGUUCCGGGUGAACGACAUCACCUGCCACCCGGUUCUGCCGCUGCUCGUAUCCACCUCGCACCACAACCUGCCCGACUCGCCGGAGGCCAAGUCACCGAUGUCACCCUUCGAGCAGCCUCUCAGCGGCGGAGGCCUCGGACCAUCCGGCGGCUCAGGAACUGGAGCAGGAGGCGGCAACGGUGGGACCUCUGGCGGCUCCAAUGGAGACAAGGAUGUGUUUACGCCAACGGGCUUCUGCUCGGAGCUGAUAUUGUGGCGCGUCGACUCCGUGGGACCGCUGUGUCAUUCGGGCGGCGUCAGUGAGCUGGCCAGGAUAAACUCACCGGAGAUCUCAGCCUUCAGCAACGUGGCCUGGAUUCCGACCCUGCUGCCGAGCACCACUUUGGGCAGCUACAGCAACUCCCCGUCCGCCUGCUUCGUGGCCAGCGAUGGCGAGAAUCUGCGAGUGUACCAGGCGGUGAUCGAUGCCCGCACCCUGCUGGCUGAGAUCUCGUGCUCGGAGAACCUCAAUACGCUGCACAAGUCGCAUUCGCUGUCGUCGAUGAUCUCUAACGCCUCGUCGACAAUGCGGGCCCAGCGUUCGGCAUUGCACGACAAGCUCAAGGUGGUCUCCCAGCAGUCGACGGCUCGUCCCGGCUGCAUCCUGCAGCUGGAUGCCAUUUCGGAUGCCAAGCAUGAUUGGCAGAACACCCAGUUCCUGCACGUAUUCCAAGCGCAGCUAAUAACCGGCGGCCAGAGGACGCCUCUGGCUGAUCCACAUGAUCUAGAGGAGCCGCGACUCAACGCCCUCCUGGAGUCGGACAUGGAUGCCAUUGUGGAUCUUCAGAGGAACGCCGACUUCGAGGAGCCCUUCUACAUAGUCAACAUUGAGAAGACAUUGCGCGGCAGCACCAUACACAUGUGGCGCAUUGUCAUCAGCUCCAAGCAGCAGAAUUCCUUCCUGUCCGAGACGGCCAUGUAUGUACCGGACAGCAACCUCACCCAGGAGCCGGACGAGGAGAAUGGAGGUGGCACUGGAGGCGCCGGAACGGGCACUGGCCCUAAUGGCAAUCCCAAUCCGCGACGGAUGUCGCAGGGAGCAGAGACGCUGACGGGUGCCGAGCACUUUGGCUCUCACGUCGAGGCACCGCACAUCUCCAUCACCACAAAGAAGGUGUGCACCCAGGAGUUGCCGCUGCCCGAGGGCGUGGACGUGAUCCAUGCCUCGCCCGCCGCCGGACACCUGAGCAGCUCCAGCAUUUAUCCGGCCUGCUUUGCGCCGUACAUCAUUGUGACCGCCUGCUCGGACUCGAUAUCGCGCUUCUGGAAAUGUGAGCCCAUUGAUCAAGAGGAUCCCGAGGGGGAUGCCUAUCACUGGAGCGAGUGGAAAAUGUUCAGCCGCAUCCAGCACUCUGCUAUUGAAAUUCCCGGCCAGCCCCUGAACAUCAGUGCCGCCUAUUCCGGCCGGAUAGCCUGCGCGUACAAGUACGGCAAGAGCUUUACGCGUCCGAACAAGGGACCCGAUCCGGAUUCGCGAUACGUCAACCUAUGUGUAGCCAUCUAUGAGUGCGAGAGUUCCGGCGGCAGCGAGUGGGUACUGGAGGAUACCAUCCAUUUAAAGAAUGUCCAUUUGCCGCGCAUCAACAUUGGUCACGGCAUCGACCUGAGCUACCUGCACGACAGCCGCCUGCUGGCGAAGAAGCAGCGUCUGAACCAGGUCCUGCACACCUUUGCCCACGAUCCGGAGACGCGUACGCCACGUAGCGGUGAGACCACCCCAGAACUGGCUGUGAACAGGCCGCCAUCGUCGACGGUGGCCUCCGGUCUGCUGACCGUGCCCAGCUUUAGUACCCUCCAGUCGCUGAGGAAGAGCAUCGCAGAGAACGGUAACACCUGCCCGCUGACCCAGAAGCAUCUAGUGCAGCUGGACUGGGUGAGCAAGGAGGACGGCUCGCAUAUCCUCACCGUGGCCGUGGGCAGCAAGAUCCUUCUGUACACGCCCGUCAGCUCUGACAUUGCCCAGGCCAACAUCAAGGCAAUGAAGGAAUCCCGCUCCGUCAACAGGCCCAUACUACGGAAGGCCAGCUCGUUGGCCCAGCCCAACUUUGUGGACGAGAUCCGGUGGAUGAAGCUGCGCCAGAUCGACCUGCAGACCGCCGAUGGAUUGCCGCCGUUGCCCAUGCAGAUCUCGUGGGUGCGCGACGGCAUCCUUGUGGUGGCCAUGGACUCGGAGAUGCAUGUCUACUCGCAGUGGAAGCCGCACUACUCCUCGCACUUUGCAGCUGCCGCGGCGGCCGCUGCUGGCGAGGAUGUGCCCGAUACCCGCAAUCUGCGCGACGAGGAUCUGCGCUCCCUGGCAAAUGAGUCGACGCAGCUGCGACUGAAGAACGUGGCCUCCAUGCCGCUGAUCAGCAAGGUGAGCACCGCCAAUCUGCAGCUGUUGUCGCACGACAAGAAGCGUCGCCUGGGCAACACCAGCAUGGCCAAUAUGAACGGCGGUGCGGGCGGAGCAGGCGGUGGCGGCGGUGGAGCUGGCGGUUACUAUGGCAGCGGCGGUGGUGGCGGUCAGGAUGAUGGCGGCAACGAUGACUACAUGACGGACUUUGGCCUUUUCCAAGCCUCACGCAUUGCCUGUCCUGUGCUGCCGCAGUACCAUCCCAAGCAGUUGAUGGAGCUCCUCAACUGCGGCAAGAUCCGCUGGGUGAAGGCCAUCCUAGCGCACCUCGUGCGCUGCAUGAGCGGAACCAGUUCCAGUGCAGCUGGGCAGGACGAAGAUGGCUAUGCCAGGCAACGCAGCUGGUCGCGAUCCCGCACCCUGAGCAUCAGCUACACGGCGGAGCAGAACAUCCAGGCAGAGCACCGUGGCAGCACGACCCAGAUACCCGAGGAGCUGAUGCUGGACUACGCGGAGAUCAACUCGAUUCCGCCGCUGCCGCUGUGGGUGCUGCUAAACGCGGACCGGGAGACACCGGGUCAGGGAACGAACAGCGCCGAGGGUGACAAGGACUACGACGAGCUCUUCGAUAUGCACAACUCGGAGGACAACCUAGACGAGCUGCUGUCCGAGGGCGAGGAGAAGAAGCGCCAAGAGCGUAGGCUCUCGCUGCCCGAGAAGCACUCCAUCUCGCACUUUGGCCCGCGCCAGGGUCAGCUCCUGUCGCGCCUCCUCACCCAUACACAUCUGCCUGGCCUCUCCUCGCUGGACCAGAUGCAUUUGCUGGCCCUCGCAGACACGGUGGCCACCUGUAACACCGAUUUCUCCGACAAGUUUGCCGCCGACCAGAGCAAGUCCGGUCUGGGUGGUGGCGGAGCAGGCAGCAUCGGCGGUGGAGCAUCCUCGGGAGCCAUCAAGGACGGCAGCACCAGCACCGAUUCACUGGAUGACUGCGGUCUGCGCUUCCUGCUGGCCAUGAAGCACUUCACCUACCUGCUGCGCUGCCUGCCGCUGCAACAGCGGGCCCAGUUCCAGCGCCAGGGCGUAGGAACUUCCAACAUCGUGUGGGCUUACCACUCGGAGAGCGAGGAGGAGUUACUCAACCUGAUACCGAGCUACACCAAGGGCGAUCUGCGCUGGGCCACGCUUCGAGACCUGGGCAUGGGCUACUGGCUGAAGAACAUCAACACAUUGCGUCGCUGUGUGGAGAAGCUGGCCAAGUGCGCCUACCAGCAGAAGCAGGAGCCCCUGGAUGCAGCCAUCUAUUAUUUGGCCAUGAAGAAGAAGUCCCUAGUAUGGGGUCUGUUCCGGUCGCGUCGCGAUGAGAAGAUGACUGCCUUCUUUGGCAACAACUUCGCGGAGGACCGCUGGCGGAAGGCGGCGCUGAAGAACGCAUUCGUUUUGCUGGGCAAGCAGCGGUUCGAGCAUGCAGUGGCCUUCUUCCUGCUAGCCAACAGCCUCAACGAUGCCAUUGAGGUGUGCAUGAACAAGCUGGAGGACUUUCAGCUGGCCCUCAUCAUAGCCCGGCUGUACGAGGGUGAUGCCGAGGGUUGCUACUACCAUCGUUUGCUGCAUGAACAUGUUCUCGGAACGGAUAUGGAGACGGACCGUUGUGACCUAACGCGUGCCCAUCCCGAUCCCUUCCUGCGAUCGAUGACCUACUGGACCAUCAAGAAGUACCAGGAGAGCCUGAACACGCUACUUCUUAACGGCGUCGGCAGCCUGCACAGCAGCUACAAGGAGGAGGACCUGCUGCGUCCCGAGCCGCAGGCUACCAAUCCAAAUGUCUUUAACUUCUACAUCUAUCUGCGCACCCAUCCACUGCUCAUCCGGCAGAAUAUCGCCCUGUCGGCGCAGGAGAAGCGCAUCGCCCACGUCGUCCUUUCCGGUUUCAAUUACGCCGGCGAUGCUGCUCCCAGCUCAGCCGCCAGCUGCGACAAGCAGUUGCAGCUGGAGGACUCGAUUACUCCCAUUGAGCGGCAGCUGUACUUCACCACCGCCCACGGUCACUUCAAGAGCGGCUGCCCCGCCCUGGCCCUGGAGGUGCUCAAUAAGCUGCCCAUGAAGAUUAGCGACGACACCAGCGGCAGUGUGGCCGGCAGCAGUCUGGCCCAGGAGCGUGCCCAGCAGUGCAAGGAGGAGCUAAUCAAUACCGGUAUCAUGGACCAGUGGGGAGCCACGCCCGCUUCAGCGACCAGUACAGCGGACGCUUUCGAUUGGGGCGCUCCCGUGUCGGCCAGUGAGCCGGAGGCCAAGUUCGAGAUCAAGUGGGACGAUGACGAAGAAGACCAGGAGGUGGAUCCUGACCUGGAGAUCGAUGAUCCAGAGCUGGCCACGCCGCAGCCACCGCAGGCAGGAGCCUCAGGUUUGGGCCGGGGCAAGGCCGGCGGCAAUGGCAACGGCGGCGACACCAAAAUGGACAUUAUGGCCCAGCAACUGAAGUUCGUGGCCUGCCUGAAAAUCCUCAUGGAGGAGCUGUCGACACUGGCCACCGGCUUCGAAGUGGAUGGCGGCCAGUUGCGCUACCAGCUUUACAUGUGGCUGGAGCGCGAGGUGGAGGCCCUUAAGCAGCUGUGCAACUACUGCAGCCAGUCGGAGCAGUCGGGCCACGAUACCGGCGACGCGGAUACCGAGGCGCGCGACAAGGAGAUGAAUGCCAGCAUCUGCCCCGGCAGCACGGAACGGCCCACGCUCCACGAGAUCCUUAUGCAGGAUAAACAGGACUUUGAGGCUAAGGUGAUGCGAGCAGCCAAGCGUAAGCGCUGGCUCAAGGCCAACGAGACCCUGUUGCGCACUCUGCUGAGCUACUGCUCGCUGCACGGCGCCAGUGGUGGUGGUCUGGCCUCGGUUCGUAUGGAACUGGUGCUGUUGCUCCAGGAGCUGCAGCAGGAGAAGACCCAGCAGCAGCUGCUCAGCCCGCUGCCCUUCCCCACCACGCUUCCCCUGCUGAGUGCCUGUGUGGCAGGUAACAAAACCGUGAUUGCCGAUCCCAUCAAGUACCUUCAGUCGCAGACGGUGGACAUGCUACAGAGCAUCAUCAAGGUACUGCCUUUCCCGGGCAUCCAACCCUCGGCACUCAGUGAGAUCUUUGUGCUGCGCGACUUGGCGGUGGCGCUUUCCUCCUGCAUCUACCAGUCGCUCUGCGACUCCGAGAGCUUUGUGGUCAAUAGCUCGGCCUUCAAUGCCAGUCCCGGCAUCGAGAACAUAGCCAAGAUCAAUUCGUCGUUCGAGUGCAGCUACCUAGUGGGUAGCAGAAAUGCCUAUGGACGCCGGCGCAAGUAUUCCACGGACGAGCCGGCGGGUGUGUGCACCACGCCCUCCAAGUGGCCAGGAGUCACCAAUUUGCGGGCUCUGCUGGCCCGCGAGAAGGAUGAGGAUGUACCAAAGCUAAACGUGCUGCUGCUUGAGUCCUUCGUGUCCACGUACAUGGCGCUGUUCAUCUACUCCCUGUCCACCUGCGACAGCCGUCUGCUCUACCGCCUCAGUGGCCAGAGUUUUAGCAACGAGACCUGGUCCACGCUCUUUGGCGGCGGUAUGAAGAAGCUGCUCAUCAAGCCAGCGACGACACAGCCCGCCAGUCAAAUGGCAGCGGCAGCAGCUGGCGGAGCAACCAGUGGCGGCACUGGGUCCACCUCCGAGGAACCGGCAGACGAGAAUAGCGUGUGGAACACGGUUACCUCGAUCACCAAGCAGCGCAUGAAGCUGAACAUGAAGAUUCUGGGCAGCUUUAGUCAGAACAGCACAUCCAGCAACAUGAAGGAGGACAAGCCGACGUAUCGCGAGCAGUUCAUGCCACCGGAGACGUCCAUGCUUUCCUACUUCCUCACGAAGCCACCCGCAACCGAAUGCGAUUACUACGACACUGACGAUUCCAACGAGUCGGAGGAUGAGGAAGAGGAGGAGGACGAUGACGAUGUUAAUGUGAGCCGGUCCCAGCUGAAGGCCAAAGAGAAUACGGAGCACACCAAUCCCACAUCCUACUCGUGGAGCAUUCUACGCCUGGCCCUCAUCAAGAUCAGCACGCACAAGAUCCAGGAGCUGGUCAAGGUGGCCGGCAUCGAGCUGCAGGAUCUGCCCGUGAUUAGUCCGCUCUCGCACGAGGUGCUGCGGACACUCAACCGAUGGCAGGACUUUGCCCUCAGCGACCUCAUUGCGCGAGGUCCGCCGUCCCGCAACUUCAUACCCGGUUGUCAUUCGGAGAGCGGCAUCAGCGGCCUUGCCAUCCACAAGUAUCGAUCGUUGCUCAAUAAGGACAACACGCCUUUCGUUUCGGGCUCGGCCACGGGUCCCAUUCGGCGUUUAUGGAACUAUCUGGUGCGCCAGGAGCCCGCCCAGGAGGUCUUCAUCAAGAGCAUCUUUGGCAAGAACAUGGAGCCGAGCACGCGCAGCUCCCAUCACACCCAGCACGACAACGAGACCGACGAAGGUCAAUCGCAUUCGACCAACGAGAAUACCGACCACAUCCGGAUCAUUCACAAGGACCACGAGUCGAUAUUGUCCUUCUGCUUGAAGAACAAUACCUCCUCGAUGAUUGCCUUUGCCAAUCCCCGAGAGAUCCAGGAGUUUGACAUCUCGCUUCUGCUCGAGUCGCCGAAUUGGUAUGAGGAUGAGUGCGACUACGACAUGAUGAGCAUGUCCAAGGAUGCCGACACCAACAGCUCCUCCUUCCUCAUCAUCCAGACGCAAGAUCAGAACAACCAAUUCGGAGGCGGCAGCAGCAACGCCUACAGCGAGUCCAAUGCCAGCACGCAGAGUGCCUCCCAAUCCGGUCGCGGCACAUCCAUGGUGCUGCGUCACAAGGUGGACAAUGUUAAGCGUAUGAGCGCCCAUCCGCUGAUGCCACUGUACCUGACCGGCGGCCAAGAUGGCUCCGUGCAGAUCUGGGAGUGGGGCCACCAGCAGCCCGUCUGCUCGCCCCGUCAGUCCGGAACCUUUGCCAAGGUGACGCGCUGUCGCUUCUCGGAGCAGGGAAACAAGUUCGGCAUCGGCGAUGGCGACGGCAAGCUUAGCCUCUGGCAGGCGGGCAUUGCCUCACAAAACAAUCGUUCGUUCAUAAGCUAUCAGUGCCACAACAAGGCCCUGUCCGAUUUCGUAUUCCUGGGUUCCUGCAGUCUACUGGCCAGCGCUGGCCAGAGUUCUGAGAACAAGAACAUCAACAUCUGGGACACGCUCCUGCCCCACAAGAAGUCCUGUGUAUCGGCCUUUACCUGCCACGACCAGGGCUCGUCCUGUCUGGUGUUUGCACCACAGCACCAGGUGCUCAUUUCGUGCGGCAAGCGCGGCGAUGUAUGCGUCUUCGAUGUGAGGCAGCGCACACUGCGCCAUCGCUAUCAGGCCCAUGAUAGCACCAUCAAGUGCAUUGCCUUGGAUCCCCAUGAGGAGUUCUUUGUCACUGGCUCCAUUGAGGGUGACAUUAAGAUCUGGGACAUGAAUCAGUUCAUGCUGAUCAACAUUCCCCAUGAGCAUGCCAAGAACGGGUUCUUCAAGCAUACCGGCCAGGGUGUCAGCCAGGUGUACGUUGACCCCUUCGGACGGCUCUUCUCCUGCGGCUCCGAUGGCUGCAUGAAGGUCCGUCUGCUGGUUGAGAAGGACAAUAUCGUUCACUCCGUGUAUUGAAAGCUGUAUUCUAUCCGUAUCUGUUGCUAGCUAGAGCUAUUGCUAGAGCCGGGACGUUCCCGUUGCCGUUGCCGCAGCCAUGUCCAUGUCCGUGUCAGUGCUUUGUCUGUUAGUGUGUGCGAGCGGCUCGGCAAGCGGAUUACGAAUUGAGUGUCCUAAAUAUGUGUAUUUUCUUUGUUAAUCGUUGGUUAUUGUAACAUUUUACAUUAUAUUUGAAUUUUUCCUACACAAACACACACAUACAGAUAUAUAUAUAUAUGUUUUAUAUUACUAUUUACUACUUAAUAUUUACCAUUUUUGUUUGCAUACGUGUUAUUGCCCGUUUCCCCUUCCGUUCUGCUAUUUAAUGCGAAGGAACUGGUUUGUUUCACGUUCGAUGAGUAUUUCCUAAACAGACUAUAUAUAUAUAUAUACCAGACACUACUAUACAGAUACCAUAUACAUAU